AUGACCGGCGGCGAGAUCUUCCACGAGAUGAUGCAGCGACACAACGUCAAACACAUCUUCGGCUACCCCGGUGGAGCCAUUCUUCCCGUCUUCGACGCCAUCUACAACUCCACCAAGGUCGAUUUCAUCCUCCCGAAACACGAGCAAGGCGCCGGACAUAUGGCUGAAGGGUACGCUCGAGCGUCUGGCAAACCGGGGAUCGUGCUGGUGACCUCCGGCCCCGGGGCCACCAACGUCGUCACCCCGAUGCAGGAUGCUCUAUGUGACGGCACGCCAAUGAUUGUCUUCUGCGGCCAGGUGGCCACCUCCUUGAUUGGCAGUGAUGGGUUUCAGGAAGCGGAUAUGCUGGGGAUUUCCCGGUCGUGCACGAAAUGGAACGUCAUGGUCCGCCACGUCUCCGAGUUGCCCCAGCGCAUCAACGAGGCGUUUGAGAUCGCGACGAGUGGCAGACUCGGCCCUGUCCUGGUGGAUCUCCCCAAGGAUGUCACGGCCGCGAUCCUGCGCAAGGCGAUCCCCACCGCGUCGGCCUUGCCCUCCGUUCCGACCGUCGGGAAUGUCAGGGCUGCCGCGCCCAAGUCGAUCGCGCGGGUGGCAGAACUCAUCAACGGGGCGAAGAAGCCGGUGAUUUAUGCCGGUCAAGGUGUCAUCAGCUCCGAGAAUGGCCCGCAAAUGCUCCGGGAGCUUGCGGAAAGGGCCUCGAUCCCGGUUACCACGACUCUGCAGGGCCUGGGCGCGUUCGAUGAGCUGGACGAGAAGGCACUCCACAUGGUGGGUAUGCACGGAUCGGGGUAUGCGAACAAGGCCAUGCAGGAGGCCGAUCUGAUUAUCGCGUUGGGAGCGCGAUUCGACGACCGGGUCACGAUGAAUAUCAAGAAGUUUGCGCCGGCAGCGCGAGCGGCGGCGGCCGCUGGAGUGGGCGGGAUCGUGCACUUCGAUAUCCUGCCCAAGAACAUCAACAAGGUGGUCCAGGCGACCGAGGCAGUGGUGGGCGAUGUCUCGGAGAGCCUUGCCGCCGUGCUACCCUGGAUUCACCAGAAAGACAUGAAUCACGCCGACCGGCAGUCAUGGUUUGGGCAGAUCAAGGCGUGGAAGCAGCGCUGGCCGCUGAACAUGUAUGACCGUUCGGCACGGUCGCAUCUGAUCCAACCACAAGCAUUGAUCGAGGAACUCAGCCGAUUGACGGCCCAGCGCAAGCAGGACACGAUCAUCACCACGGGAGUCGGUCAGCAUCAAAUGUGGACGGCGCAGCAGUUUCGUUGGCGCCACCCGCGCAGUAUGAUCACCUCGGGCGGAUUGGGGACGAUGGGCUUCGGUCUGCCCGCCGCCAUCGGCGCCAAAGUGGCCCGUCCAGACGCUCUGGUCGUUGACAUCGACGGCGAUGCCUCGUUUGCAAUGACAUUGACCGAGUUGAGCACGGCGGCGCAAUUCCACAUCGGGGUCAAGGUCAUCGUGCUUAACAACGAAGAACAGGGCAUGAUCACCCAGUGGCAGAACCUGUUCUACGAAGACCGAUAUGCCCACUGCCAUAUGAAGAACCCGGACUUCAUGAAGCUCGCCAAGGCCAUGCAUGUCCAGCAUCGGCGUGUCACCAAGCCGGAAGACGUGGCCGAGGCCCUGGACUGGCUGAUCAACACUGACGGUCCUGCUUUGCUCGAAGCGGUGACCGACAAGAAAGUCCCGGUGUUGCCCAUGGUUCCCGCGGGAUCGGGACUCCAUGAGUUCAUUGCCUGGGAUGAGGAGGAGGAUAAGAAGAGAAGAGACUUGAUGCGUGAACGCACUUGUGGUCUUCAUAGUUGA